ACUCCUCUCUUCCGCACCCUCAACCAAAUACCUCCGACUCUCUCACACAUACAUCAGACAGCAUGGGUCGUCAAUUCUUCGUCGGUGGCAACUUCAAGAUGAACCCGGUCACCCGGGAGCAGAAGAACGCCCUCGUCAAGGUCCUCAACGAGGCCGAUAUCGACACCAGCGUCGAGGUCGUCAUUGCGCCGCCUGCGCUCUACCUCCUCCCCUUGAAGGAGACCCUCCGCAAGGAGAUCCAGGUUGCUGCCCAGAACUCCUACUUCAAGACCUCCGGCGCGUUCACCGGCGAGAUUAGCCCCGCCCAGCUCGUCGAUGCAGGCAUCCCCUACGUUAUCCUCGGCCACUCCGAGCGCCGUACGCUCUUCCACGAGACCUCCGCGCUCGUCGCGGACAAGACGCGCGCCGCGAUCGACGCCGGCCUGCGCGUCAUCCUCUGCGUCGGCGAGACGCUCGAGGAGCGCGAGGCCGAGCGCACCAAGGCCGUCGUCGAGGCGCAGCUCCAGCCCGUCGUCGCCGCGCUCAAGCCGGAGGACUGGGCCAAGGUCGUCGUCGCGUACGAGCCCGUGUGGGCGAUUGGCACGGGCAAGGUCGCGAGCGCCGCGCAGGCGCAGGCCGCGCACAAGGACAUCCGCGCGUUCCUCGCGAGCGCGGUCUCGCCCGCGGUCGCGGAGAGCACGCGUAUUAUCUAUGGCGGCUCGGUCACGGCGGCGAACUGCAAGGAGCUUGGCGGUCAGGCGGACGUUGACGGGUUCCUCGUCGGCGGCGCGUCGCUCAAGCCCGAGUUCGUGAACAUCAUCAACACGAAGAGGGCAUAAGCGUGUAUGCAAGGUACGGCGGUUGUCCUUUGGCUGGCUACUAUCCAUAGAGAAGAAAACGCGAAGCUGUAUGCGUAGGCAGAUGAACAAAUAGGGGUGCUCAAUUCUGGCCGGCCGUUUGCCAGGACACUUUCUGAGGGCGUCUCUUUGCGUUGAUGGACUGAUGCGCGGAAGUGUGCGGAUAAGCGAGGAGGUACGAAACGUUGAAUUGUUGGGUCAGGAAGC